AUGAUUCAAUUAAAGACGAUGCUAAAUUGCAUCGACAACUCCGGCGCUGCUGUCGUCGAGUGUGCUAUGGUGAUCGGCCAAAAGAGACAUGCCUCCAUUGGCGACAGGAUAGUAGUCGUGGUCCAAAAACAGCGCGGCGCCCAAGCUGAAGGCAUGGCCGGGUCGUCGGCCGGCACUAAAGUCAAGCGCGGCGACAUCCGCCACGCCAUCGUCGUGCGCACCCGUCAACCCGUCCAACGACGUGACGGCAGCGUUAUUCGAUUCGACGACAACGCGUGCGUUCUGAUUAACAAGUCUGGGGAUCCGAUCGGGUCGCGGAUCAACGGGGUGGUUGGGCAAGAGUUGCGGAAGAAGAAGUGGAGUAGGAUUUUGAGUAUGGCGCCCAUGCAGGCGUAG